AUGGAAAGGUACUACAAAAGAACAUCAGAGUCUCAAGAAGUUAAUGAAGUGGAAACUACACCAACACCAACACAUGAACAACCAGGGCCAUCAUUCAAAAAUGGAUUUCUAGAGGUUGAUUUGGAAAAUCUUCCAGCUAAUCCUGGAGAAAGGAAACAAUUGUCAUGUUAUCAUCCAAAUGACAGAGAUGAAAUUCGAAGAGCUUAUUUAGCAAAAGGGCCUUGUCAACCAAAGGAACAUAAUUUCCCGCAACGACCAUUUGGGACUUUUCUUCGUAAGUUUAAUCCUGAUUGGUUUCUUGAAUUUGGUAGUUGGUUGGAAUAUAGUGUGUCAAAAGAUGUUGUGUUUUGCUUAUGUUGUUAUCUUAUGAGAUUUGAGAUUGGUGAAAACAAAGGUUGGGAUGCAUUUUUUACCGAGAGAUUUUCAAAUUGGAAAAAGAAAGAUAGACUCAAUGUCCAUGUUGGAGGUCCUAACAGUGCGCACAAUCAAGCUUGGAGAAAAUGUAAUGCAUUAAUGAACCAGAAGCAACACAUUGAAGUUGUGGUUAACAAACAAUCAGACUUGGUCAAAAGGGAAUACCGAAUUCAUUUGACAGGAACAAUUGAGUGUAUUCGACUUUUAUUGAAGUUGGGGCUGGCGUUUCGCGGUGAUGAUGAAUCAGAGGAUUCCAAGAAUAAAGGUAAUUUUCUUUAUAUUUUACAGUUUCUUGCUAAGAAUGAUAAAGAGUUUGGUGAAGUCUUGAAAAGAUGUCGGGGAAAUCUCAAAUUAGUGGCACCUAGCAUUCAAAAAGAUAUUGUGAAAGCUGCUUCAUUUGGGACCACAAAAGCUAUUAUUGUUGAUCUUAAAGAUUAUUUAUUCUCCAUUUUAAUUGAUGAAUCUCGAGACAUUUCAAAUAAAGAGCAAAUGGCUGUUGUUUUACGCUAUGUAGACAAGAAAGGGCAUGUUAUUAAGCGAUUUCUUGGGGUUGUCCAUGUUGAAAAUACAACUUCCAUUUCUUUAAAAGUAGAAUUGGAGUCCAUGUUUGCAAAUUACAAUUUAAGUUGGUCAAGAGUUCGCGGGCAAGGAUAUGAUGGGGCUAGUAAUAUGCGUGGUGAAUUUAAUGGCCUUAAAAGUUUGAUCCUAAAAGAAAAUAAGUUUGCUUUCUAUGUUCAUUGUUUUGCUCACCAACUCCAAUUGGCACUAGUGGCAGUUGCAAGAAAGCUUGAUGAUAUUGCUUGGUUCUUUAUGGCAGUCAACAAUGUAUCUAAUAUGGUAGGAGGUUCAUGUAAGCGUAGAGAUAUGCUUAGAAAAAGUCAGAUUCGUAAAGUAGCUGAUGAACUAGGGUGCGGAGAAAUUUCCAGCGGGCGUGGCUUGAAUCAAGAAAGUACAGUAACAAGGGUUGGAGAUACUAGAUGGGGAUCACAUUAUGGUACAUUACUAAGGUUGGCUUCUUUGUUUCCUUCUAUGUGUGAUGUGCUUAAUAUGAUUUUGGAAGAUAGCUCAAACUCUGACCAUCGAGUUGAAACUCGUCUAUUGUUGAAUAAUUUGCAGUCUUUUGAAUUUAUUUUUAAACUGCUUUUGAUGAGAAAUAUAUUGGGAAUUACUAAUUAUUUAUCUCAAGCAUUGCAAAGAAAAGAUCAAGAUAUUGUAAAUGCUAUGUCAUUAGUUAAAGUUUCAAAGGAUAGAUUGCAAAAGAUGAGAGAAGAUGGCUGGCAUAAUUUACUAUGUGAAGUGUCAUUGUUUUGUGAGAAGCAAAAUAUUGACAUUGUAAAUAUGGAUGAUGCAUUCGUGUUACAAGGAAAACCAAGGCGUUAA